AAUGUCCUUGACAUGUCCGAAGACAGCGCCGACCUGGUCUCGUCGCCCUCGUCGCUCCACUCGGCCUAUCCCUUCCCCUCGUCGUACCAGAGACGCUCUUCACGCCGCCUGUCCAAUGACAGCACGCUAUCCAUCAACUCAAUAGGUGGUGCUCUGGAUAUCAAUCCCGCUAGAGCCGACAACUCUCUCAGGGAAGCUGCCCACAAUGUCCGCACCGGCCUCCUGACUCCUGUCGCCUCGGCGUCCUCAACUUAUCGUGCUCCGACUACACGCGAUAUCCCUCCUGUCACUCUGACCAACAUACCUAAAGUCGACACCUCUACCUUCAAGGACUACAUCUCUCGUGUCGGGCCACUGUUUGACAACCUCUCGCGUCUACGUCGCGAUACCCAAUCCAAGCCUCAGAACGAUGCCCCAACCAGCCCUGUCCUCAGCCGCCAUAACUCUACCACCUCCCUCCUGUCUCCAACCGAUUCUCCUCAGCCGCGACGCCGAUCUAGUGCCUAUACCCGCCGUAGAUUGAACGAGCCCACUCCCUUGUCCACUAUUCCCAAUGUCUACUUUGAAGAGAACUUCCAACUCGAGAAUCCAAGGACUUUCGAUGUUGUCAGCGAGCGCGCCGAGAUCGCUCCUGGUACCGCAAAACAAGAGCAGUCUGCUAAUGGCGCCCCUCUCCCUCCGCGCAAGGCUCUGGCCAGCAAUGCCAUUCUACAAGAGAAACUGUCCUGGUACAUGGAUACUGUAGAGGUGCACCUGAUUCAAUCAAUCUCUUCCGCUUCGACCUCCUUCUUUGCAGCUCUGGGCUCAUUGCGCGACCUGGAGCAAGAAGCCUCCGACUCUGUCAACAGGAUCCAGAAAUUGAGGGCCGAUUUAGCAAAGCUGGAUCAAGACAUGGCAAUGGGUGGUCUGGAGGUCGCCAACCUGCGAAGAAGAUAUCAAAACAUGCAAAAGCUCGCCAAUGCUGUGGACCAGGUAGCCUGUGUUGUACAAGAUGCGAAAAAUUGUGAAGAGUUGGUUGAGAAAGGAGAAUACGAUGCUGCUGCUGGUGCAAUGUUACGCCUCGACCGCUUGAUUGCCGGACAACCCGAACCGUCAUCGGAACCAUCGCCUACAGAAUUGCACGAUUUGCGCUCUCUUCACGCCCUCCAGGGUCUGUCCGAUGCCAUGAAUCAGCUGCGUUUUCGCAUUGGCAGAGGCUUUGAAUCUCGUUUCCUCGAGACACUGUUAUCCGAUCUACGAAGGCACAUCGAUCAAGUCCCACCCAAGGACACCAUGCGUCGCUGGGCGAGUACAUCAAUGCGCUUGCGAGGCCUGCAGACUGGUCCAACGGCUUAUAUGGAGAUUGACGAUCAGUUCCGGAAAGACUUGCUCGCUUCAUUACAUGGUCUAAGCAAUUCAGGUCAGACUGCACAGGCGACAGCCGACUUCAGGGAUGCGAUCAUGAGGGAGAUGAAGCACUUGAUACGCAAACACCUGCCCAGCUCCAACGAUGACGACAAUGAGUCUGUCACAUCGGUCGCUACCCGUACCAGCAAGGCUGCGAGCCAACAAGAGAAGUCUAUCAUUUUGGCUAGAAAUUUGCGUGCCAUGGACGAGGAGUCUGCUGAGGAUAUGGUUGUCAACAUCUACACCGACAUCAGUGAAGCUUUGCGACGUCUGAGCAUACAGAUCAAGGUAUUGCUCGAUGUCACCAGUACUAUGGAUGCUCCAGAAUCGUUGAAGUCGCCGUUGAGCCCAAGUGUAAGGGCAACUGACCGAUCGAGAAGCCCAGCGCCUAGGACGAGCGGAAUACAAGAGGAACUGAGCCAGGCACUAGAUAUGUCAAGCCUAUUGGGCCAGGCAGUGGACGUAGCGCAUACACAAAUCACGCGAAUCCUCAAGGUGCGCACAGAGCAGGUGAACCACUUACCGCUGGAACGUUUCCUCCGCUACUUUACUAUCAACCGCCUCUUCGCCGAUGAGUGCGAGGCCAUCUCCGGUCGCUCUGGUACCCAGCUCAAGGCUCUAGUCAACACACAAAUCAACACUUUUGUGCGAGCCUUUGGUGAUGCUGAAAACCAGCGAAUCGCCCAGACACUGGACUCUGAUCAAUGGGAAGCCAAGGACUUCAAGGAGAUAGACCAGGUGUUGCUCUCUCGUAUACUGGAAGGCAUGUCUUCGGAUCCUGCCAUCUGGCUACAGGGCACGCGCGUUUGGGAAGAUCCAUCACAACCUGAAUCGAUCAAUGGCACUUCUUCAUCAAAUGGCGACGGUAGCGAUGCCAAAUCUAAUAAUCGUCCUGCGUACAUUGACGAAACACGGUACAUUCUGGUCUCAUCUGCUAUUUCGCUACUUCGACCCAUCGACAAUUUCCUUGCACUAAUGACCAGCAUACCCUCAAUAACCUCCGCUGCUGUGCCUGCGUUAAUUGAUGUCCUCCGAACGUUCAACUCGCGUACAUCACAGCUCAUCCUCGGCGCUGGCGCCACAAGGAUUGCCGGCUUGAAAAACAUCACCACCAAACAUUUGGCCCUCGCCUCACAGGCGCUCAGCUUUGUCAUUGCUAUGUCACCUUACUUGCGUGAAGCAGUCCGCCGGCACGCCAGUUCAGCCAACAAAGCUGAGGUGCUGGGUGAGUUCGACAAGCUCAAGCGACUCUAUCAGGACCAUCAAAUGGCCAUUCACGACAAGCUUGUCGAGAUCAUGACAGCAAGAGCAACAUCGCAUGUCAACUCGAUGAAANAACUUGACUUCGAUGCCGAAGCAAAAAAGAAUGCAGAUGGCACGAGUGCAUACAUGGAGACUUUGACAAAGGAAACAGGCACCUUGCACCGUGUGCUGAGCAGGCAUCUAGCAGAAAUGGAUGUAACAGUCAUCCUGAGCCAAAUAUUUGCCAGCUACAAGGAGCAAUGGCUGAAGGCUUUCCUAGGAGUAGAGAUCAAGACGCCCGCUGGUAAACAGAGGCUUCUCAAAGAUGCACAGCUAUUUGAUUCGAAGCUGGGCAAGAUCGAUGGAUUUGGCGACAUGGGCAAGACGCUCAUUGCUGCUGUGGAAGCGAAGACGGUCGUCCAGGAAAAACAAGACCUUCCACCGCCUCCACCACCUCAAACAAAAGAGGUAACGAACGAGAAACCAUUACCUGCAGCACCCGUAGCUGCCGAANAAGAGAACAGGGAUAGCAAGGAACCCGAAAAGGUGCCAGAUGCGGACCAGGAGAAGGAAGAGGUGAAAAGUUAG